UGAGCCUUUCUCAUUUAUUUCUCCACAGGGAAAUUUCUUUGCUAGUUUCUUCUUAGGUUGGAGCAUUACAACAUCAGCAGGGGUUUGUGCAUACCCGUUCGACACACUGCGUCGGAGAAUGAUGCUAACAUCUGGACAACCAAACAAGUAUUAUAACGCAAGGCAUGCAUUUCGUGAGAUUGUUCGUUAAGAGGGUUUUUUAGCUCUAUUCCGAGGUGUUACUACAAAUAUGCUCCUUGGUGUCGCAGGAGCUGGGGUGCUCGCUGGAUAUGAUCAGUUGUGCUUCUCAUCUAGGCACUAGUAUGCAGGUUCUGAGAGAGAAAUACAAUUUGAACCUAGAAAACCUAUCUACCAUUUAGCUUGACUUCAAAGUGCAAUUCAUUUAUAUUCUGGACUGUGAAUAUUAUACAUGGUUUGACAUCUAUUAUUUUCUUAACACAAUUCAUUUACUUUUUUAUAGGAGAUAAAAUGAUAGAAGAUAAAUAUUAGCAUAUUGUUUAUUCUGAUAUACAUACUCAAUUUCUAAACCUUAAUCAUUGUGUAUCGGAUAGUAUUUCAAGAUUUUGACCAAUGAGCUUAUGAAAGAAAAUGAAGAGAAUAAACCAAAACGAGGCUGACAUUGAUCAGGAAGUAAAAACUAAAACUAUUAUGAUUAGGAAGAUAAACAGCAACAAGUGGAAUCGUACUACUGGAGCAAAUAAUUGAAGAACUCAAAGAGCUUAAAAUUAUUGAUUAAUGGUGCUUGGUGGUACAUGUUCAGCUUUCAUCAUCUUGGUACUGCUGAUACUCUGCAACAAGAUCCUUCAUGUUGCUCUCCGCUUCGGUGAACUCCAUCUCAUCCAUUCCUUCUCCAGUGUACCAUUGCAAGAAGGCCUUUCUUCUGAACAUGGCAGCAAACUGCUCGCUCACUCUACUGAACAUCUCUUGUAUGGAAGUUGAAUUGCCAACAAAAGUGUACCAUUACAAGAAAGCCUUUCUUUUGAACAUGGCAGCAAACUGCUCGCUCACUCUUCUGAACAUCUCUUGUAUGGAAGUUGAAUUGCCAACAAAAGUGGGUGAGCAGUUUGCUGCCAUGUUCAGAAGAAAGGCCUUCUUGCACUGGUACACUGGAGAAGGAAUGGAUGAGAUGGAGUUCACCGAAGCGGAGAGCAAAAUGAACAAUCUUGUUGCAGAGUAUCAGCAGUACCAAGAUGCCUCCCCUGAAGAAGACCAAGAUGAUGAAAACUAAACAUGUACCACCAAGAAUCAAUAAUUUUAAGCUCUUUGGGUUCUUCAAUUAUUUGCUCCAGUAGUACGAUUCCACUUGUUGCUGUUUAUCUUCCUAAUCAUAACAGUUUUUACUUCCUGAUCAAUGGCAGCCUCGCUUUGGUUUAUUCUCUUCAUUUUAUUUCAUAAGCUCAUUGGUCAAAAUCUUGAAAUAUUAUCCGAUACACAAUGAUUAAAGUUUAGAAAUUGAGUACGUAUAUAAGAAUAAACAAUAUGCUAAUAUUUAUCUUCUAUCAUUUUAUCUCCUAUAAAAAGUAAAUGAAUUGUGUUAACAAAAUAAUGAAUGUCUCCCAGUCCAGAAUAUAAAUGAAUUGCACUUU